AUGAGACAGGUUGGAUCGGUCCUGUGGCCGAAGUUGCGAGUGCUGCAGGUGUACGGUGCCAAUACCGGUGUCGGCAAGACGAUUUUCAGUUCGCUUCUUUGCCGAGCGUUUCAGAAGCGACUUCCCAGCGUCAACUACCUCAAGCCUGUCUCCACGGGGCCGCUGGAUGAAGCUGAUGAUCACCACAUUGCAACGCUUGACACGGGCGUGAACUCGAAAUGCCUCUUCCAAUUCAAUGACCCCGUCAGUCCGCAUCUGGCUGUUCGUUCGGCAGGCAGGCCCAUCACCGAUGCCACAGUCCUUGCGGCAGUGUACGAUGAGCUGUCGAAGCACGCCAAUGGCCAAGAUGGCAUCUCCAUCGUCGAGACAGCCGGUGGCGUCUUAUCACCAACCCCAUCCGGAAGCUCACAAGCAGACCUGUAUCGCCCGUUGAGACUGCCUACUUUGCUUGUGGGAGAUCACAACCUCGGCGGCAUUGGAACGACCAUCUCGGCAUGGGAGUCUCUACACAUGCGAGGAUAUGAUGUCCAUUCCGUGGCUCUCUUCUCGGAAGAUCGUGGAGUUGAUCGAUACGGCAACUUUGCAUACCUCAGGGAUUACUUCCAAGAUCGAAGCGUCACGGCGUUCUCAAUCCCUCCGCCACCUCCUCGGAAUGUGAACGUCGAGGAAGAUCAUCAAGCCAUGCAGGAGUAUUAUGAGCAGUCAGCCGAGCAUCGCGAUGUCAUGGCGUUUACUGAGCGAUUCCUUGCGUCUCACGACAAGAGGAUAGCAGAGAUCCGAUCGAUGCCAGAGGAGGCAGAGAAAGCGAUUUGGCAUCCUUUCUUGCAGCAUACCGAAAGAUCUAAGGAUACCAUCAUGGCCUGGGACUCUGCGUACGGCGACUACUUCCAGAGCUAUACCACAACGCAGCAGACCGAGCAGAACUCGCCGGCUGAUCCCGAACCAUCUCUACUCAAGCCUGCGUUUGACGGCUCUGCAUCGUGGUGGACGCAAGGUCUAGGCCAUGGAAAUCCCACUCUCGCACUCACUGCUGCCUACGCGGCUGGCCGAUAUGGCCAUGUGAUGUUCGCCGGUUCCAUCCACAAACCUGCCCUUGACUUGGCCCAGACGCUCAUUGAGAAGUCUGGAAACUCGCGUCUGAAGAAAGUAUUCUACACCGAUAAUGGAAGCACUGGAAUGGAAGUGGCUGUCAAGAUGGGACUUCGAGCUUCACUCAUGAGGUACAAGCCCGAGAACCCUCGAGAUCUCGAUAUCCGGAUACUGGGGUUGAAGAACAGUUACCAUGGGGAUACGAUCGGAACGAUGGACUGCUCAGAACCAAGCAUCUUCAACGAAAAGGUUGAAUGGUACAAAGGACGAGGCAUCUGGCUCGACUUCCCAACGGUCAAAAUGCGAGAAGGGAGAUGGCUUGUCGAGCCUUUCGAAGGAGCGCCCUUCAACACCAAGUACUUUCACUCCCUAAGCGAUCUUUUUGACUUCCACCAGAGACACAGAGACUGGGACGCAUACAAGCGAUAUUUGCGGGAGACCAUCUCAGACGCCGUCAAGCAAGGCGACAACAUCCGUCUCGGCUCCGUCAUCAUCGAACCCAUCAUCCUCGGUGCCGGCGGCAUGCUCUUCGCAGACCCCCUCUACCAGCGCUGCCUCGUCGAAGUCGCCCGCGAAUUCUACGAACCCAACUCAACAACCUCCAACGGGGAUGGAAACGGCAACGGAGGCGACUGGACCUCAAUGCCCAUAAUCUUCGACGAAGUCUUCACAGGCCUCUACCGCCUGGGCCGCUUCAGCGCCGCCUCCUUCCUAGGCCUGCAACCGGACAUCGUCGUCAACGCCAAACUCCUCACCGGCGGCCUCCUCCCCCUCUGCACCACGACCGCCAGCGACGCCAUCUUCUCCGCCUUCCUCUCGCCCUCCAAAACCGACGCCCUCCUGCACGGCCACAGCUACACCGCACACCCCAUAGGCUGCGCCGUCGCGAACGAGAGUCUGAAACAACUCCAGAAUCUGGAGCGCGCCGGUGCCUGGGAAAGUUUCAAGGACGACUGGUCCCCCCGCGCCUUCUCCUACGGCGUCAGCUACCAGGGCUCCGAGCACGCGUGGAGUAUGUGGUCGUGGCGUUUCGUCUCCGCCUUAUCCCAUAAGCGCAACGUGGAUAAUGUCUUCGCGUUGGGGUCUGUGCUUGCGAUUAGUUUGAAGGAUGUUGAGGGUGGUGGUUCGGGUGGCGGGUAUGCGUCGACGGCGGCGACGGGGGUAAGGGAUGCGUUGUUGAGAGGGGAGGGGAGUGUAGGGGUGGAUAAUUCGGUCGUGCAUUCGAGGGUGCUUGGGAAUGUGCUUUAUUUGAUGGCGGCGAUGACGACGACGGAGGAGACGAUUAGUGGGAUUGAGGAGAGGGUUUUGGAGGUUUUGGAUGGGUGA